AGAUACUGAUCGCGCCUACUCGCGAUGCGCUCGCGCUCACAUCAACCGGGAAGCCUCCGGGUCUGACAGCUGGCGGACGGACGGGGGAACCACUAACACUGAUGGUAGGACGAGCGGCUCUUCCCAGAAAUCAUCCCAGCGUCAGGAAGUGUCCUCCGUGUCUCCUCUGCGGCUUUUGCUUACACACACACACACACGCACACACACAUAGAGAAUGGUUAUGUGAUUGGUUGGAGCGGAUCCCGGGGGUCUGAUGAUGAUGAUGAUGAUGAUGAUGAGAAUUAAGAGCAGGUUUCUGCCGCUGACCGGGAAGUUCCAGCUGACGCUUGGUGCGGAAUAAAGGAGACCCGUUUUCAUUGAAGGAUUAAAUCACUUCUUUGAUUGUAGAAUUCCUUCUUUCUUUCUGUUCUUGCCUGAAAUGGGGCUGUCAUCCUGCGGGCGGUAGCCUACAUGUUGCCGGACUGACGGCGAGGGAUCUUAUAUGGCCAUAUCUGGACUGUUGAGAGUUAACAGGACGCAAUACAUCCAGGUCAAAUGAGCAUCUAAUGUGUGCUGAGUGUGACAUGGGGAAUUCGGGACUAUUCAACCUACUGUAUUUCUUAAUUCUCAACUGGCCCUUUAUAUUUUGUGCAAAUGCUGCAUUUACCGAGGUCCCUAAGGAUGUGAGUGUGGGCGAAGGCGAGGAUGUUGAGAUGCCCUGCGCCUUCAGGGCGCUCAGCUCAACGCCAAUGUCUCUGGAGAUCCAGUGGUGGUACCUGAAGCCCACUGGGCCCAAAGAUCUGCCUCAAGAGCUGCAGAUCAGCUCGCCGGCCAACACAGCACAGGUAAUUCCAAGGGAAGCCACCAAAAUAAGUGUAAGUUUCUUUAGUACUUCACAGAGGACGAUCAUUUAACAAAUGUUGUGCAUA